AUGAAGCGACCCGUCUCCUCUAUCAGUAAUGUAUCGGAUACUAUUUCAUCUCGAUUGAAACGUAAUCGAUCAUCUCAACCAUUAUAUCCAGAGGAGAAUGCUUCCGAUGUAGAAAAUGACUCGACUAUGUUAGGUGGUCAAGAAAAUUCGAUUAAAUCUGUGUCUCAAUAUUCUAAAGAAGCAUCAACUAAACAUAGUAUUAAGUCUAGUAAUAAAAAUUCUAAUGGUUCUCAAAAUGCAUCACUUCGAUCUAAAAUCUCGUUUUCUUCAUUAUCAUCGAAUCAGAAUCGUAAAAACAUGCCUGCCAUUAAUGAACAAUCACAGCAUGAAGAUAAGGAUCUCGAAUCAACAGAUCCACGACCAACAGCUGAAGUAUUGGAAUGGCUAAGAGAAUUAUUUGAUUUAUUGAAUAGCAACAUGGCAUUCCAGAACGAUGAACGAAGUCUUUCUAAAAUAGGUGAAGAUUUAGGCCUCGAUGAAACCAGUCUCAUUACUGUUGCUGCUCGAACACCACAAAAAUCUGCACUUAAACUUUUCCGUCUUCUGUAUCCAACGAUCAGCAGUCGGGCCAGUUGUAAAUCAAUAUCUCAAAUACCAUCAGCAGUACUGGAUAAUAUUUACCUUUAUACUCGUACUUUACAUCCAAAUUUAAACUUUAAAAUGAUAGACAUGCGGCGAGCCAUUGGAACUUCCAUUCGAACAGCUAAGCACGAAAUUCGGAAAAUGGGAUAUCAACAGCACGACAAGAGAGAAGAAUUACAGUACGAUGAUAGUUUGGAUCCUGAUGAAACACAAGAUGAAAUUGAAAAUUAUAUGAACAACACCGACAUCGAGCGUAGCACAAGUGAUACAGCUUCAUUUCAUCAUGAUCAGAAUUUGGAUAAAGACGAAGAUGAUGAAGAAGUACAAGAUUUGACUAUUGAUGAAGAACUCGAUGAUGAAGAGGAAGAUGAAUUUUAG